AUGGUGCUGAAAUAUUUCCAUCGUCUAAUCGAUGAGGUUGGCCUCAUUACUCUCUACAAAUCGUCCCUCGAUACCAAGCUCCUAUGUCUUCAGCGCUUUAUUCGGAUGUUCGCAUAUGCUACCGCGACUCUAAUUCUCGUGGAAUUCCUCUCUACACUUGACAUCUCCAAGACGAAAAUAGGGCUUUUUAUGACCUUGACAUUGAUCGGCGAUACAUUGAUUAGCUUCGUUCUUACACUAUUCGCAGAUGCACUGGGGAGGAAGUCCAUCUUGGCGGUGGGGUCAGGGCUAAUGAUGGGGAGCGGCAUUGUUUUUGCGCUUUGUGAGAACUACUGGGUCCUGCUUGCUGCUGCGGUUUUGGGGGUUAUAAGUCCCAGUGGAAAUGAAAUAGGCCCAUUUCGAGCAAUUGAAGAGUCAACUCUCGCACAACUUACUGCCGCAUCCAAUCGAAGCGACAUAUAUGCAUGGUAUUCUUUGAUUGGAACAGCCGGGCAGGCGUGCGGAUUUAUUGCUUCUGGUUGGGUCAUUAAUUAUCUUCGGAAUGAGCUGGCCUGGACGAAUAUCUUUAUAUAUCGAGCUGUAUUUUGGAGCUAUACCGUAUUUGGAUUCGUCAAGUUCCUACUCUCGGUGGCACUUAGCCAAGCUGUCGAGGCUGAGAAGAAAGAUGGGCCUAUUAAUGAUCCGGAAACUGCCCCAUUGCUUGGUGACGGAGUGGACGAGGCGGUAACUAAAAAGAAAGGCUAUUUUGCAUCGAAGUUGCCCAACAUAAGCCAGGAGAGCAAAUUUCUCGUGUUAAACCUAUGUCUUAUUUUUGGCCUUGAUUCCUUUGCAUCCGGCCUCGUACCUCUCUCAUGGGUGACUUACUUUUUCCACGAAAAAUUCGGCAUCGAAGAAGGGCAACUAGGCUCUCUCUUUUCCAUCACUAGUAUCAUAUCAGCUGGCUCUAUGCUAGUCGCGUCGUCCUUAGCCAAACGCUUUGGAAACGUCAAGACAAUGGCAUUCACACAUCUCCCCUCGUCUAUUUUUCUCUCCUUGAUCCCCUUUCCUUCUACUCUCCCAUUAGCAAUAACCUUUCUUAUCCUCCGACACUCCACCUCCAGUAUGGAUGUAGCACCACGUUCUGCCUUUCUCGCAGCGGUAGUCCAUCCACACGAACGUACUGCAGUCAUGGGUCUUUUAAAUGUAGUGAAGACUUUUGCCCAAAGUCUUAGCCCCGUCAUCACGGGUGUGUUGGCUGGAAGGAACCUCUUCUGGGUUGUAUUUGUUUGCGCAGGGGCGCUCAAAGCGACUUAUGAUUUAUCAUUGCUGGCAUUUUUUGGAAAGCACAAGACUCAUGAAGAUUUAGCAGAGGAGGAGAGAAGAGCGCUAGAAGUAGAAGCAAGAGCAGCAGCAGAGAGAAAUUCAGAGGCCGAGUCAUAG